GGGGAGCGGGGGAAGGACACAUGCGCAGAGGUGGCAUAGCCGGCACGCGGCGCUCGCGCUCCCUUCUUAAAAGAGCCUGGGCUCGGGGUGACCGCCACUUCAUUCCAGCCCGAGCGACUGCUGAGUAGGGAGAAGCUCCGGGGAGUCCUAAUGCCGGAGUAGGACCUGCAUUGAUCUGACGCUCCCUGGGACCUACGGGAGCGCUUAGCCCCCAAUGGCUUACCCCCUUGCAGCCACUCCCCGACUCUAGGAAUCGGCUGUCUCUGGUCGAUGGGACUGAACGCCGCGGAGCCGGAGGUGACGCCCGUCGAGGGGCUCAGGCAGCCCCCCAACCUACCGGCGAGCCCAGGCAUGGCUGGUCCGCGAACCUGAGGACUGGGGGAACGGCUCCGCCCGGCAGAUGGGGAAAGCGCGGGGCUGUUGCCGGGCCGGGCCGUGAGACGCCUUCCCCCCCACCCCCCCAACGCCCGCUCUCGUCCCCUUUUUAGCCCGGGACCCGGCGCUGGGGCCCGACCGGGAAUAUGGCCCUGGAGAAGCUCUGCUCAGUCCUCAAAGUGUUGUUAAUAACAGUACUUGUAGUGGAAGGCAUUGCUGUGGCCCAGAAGACCCAAGAUGGGCAGAAUAUUGGAAUUAAACAUGUUCCAGCUACCCAGUGUGGAAUUUGGGUUCGAACCAGCAAUGGGGGUCAUUUUGCUUCUCCAAAUUAUCCUGAAUCAUACCCACCAAACAAGGAGUGUAUCUAUAUUUUGGAAGCUGCUCCACGUCAAAGAAUAGAACUGACCUUUGAUGAACAUUAUUAUAUAGAGCCUUCAUUUGAAUGUCGAUUUGAUCACUUGGAAAUUCGAGAUGGGCCAUUUGGUUUCUCUCCACUUAUAGAUCGUUACUGUGGUGUAAAAAGCCCUUCAUUAAUUAGAUCAACAGGCAGAUUUAUGUGGAUUAAGUUUAGUUCAGAUGAAGAACUAGAAGGACUGGGAUUUCGAGCAAAAUACUCUUUUAUUCCAGAUCCAGACUUUACUUACCUAGGAGGUAUUUUAAAUCCCAUCCCAGAUUGUCAAUUUGAACUCUCAGGAGCUGAUGGAAUAGUACGCUCUAGUCAAGUAGAACAGGAAGACAAAACAAAGCCUGGACAAGCAGUUGACUGCAUAUGGACAAUUAAAGCUACUCCAAAAGCCAAGAUUUACCUGAGAUUCCUAGACUACCAAAUGGAACAUUCAAAUGAAUGCAAGAGAAACUUUGUUGCAGUGUAUGAUGGGAGCAGUUCUAUUGAAAACCUGAAGGCCAAGUUUUGCAGUACUGUAGCCAAUGAUGUAAUGCUUCAAACAGGAAUUGGAGUGAUUCGAAUGUGGGCUGAUGAAGGUAGCCGGCUUAGCAGGUUCAGAAUGCUGUUUACAUCAUUUGUGGAUCCUCCCUGCACAGGCAGCACUUUCUUUUGCCAUAGUAAUAUGUGCAUCAAUAAUUCUCUGGUCUGCAAUGGUGUUCAAAACUGUGCAUACCCUUGGGAUGAAAAUCAUUGUAAAGAGAAGAAAAAAGCAGGUCUAUUUGAACAGAUCACCAAAACACAUGGAACAAUCAUUGGCAUUACAUCAGGGAUUGUGUUGGUUCUUCUCAUUAUUUCUAUUUUAGUUCAAGUCAAGCAACCUCGAAAGAAGGUCAUGGCUUGCAAAACUGCUUUUAACAAAACUGGUUUUCAAGAAGUGUUUGAUCCUCCUCAUUAUGAACUGUUUUCAUUAAGGGACAAAGAGAUUUCUGCAGAUUUGGCUGACUUAUCGGAAGAACUGGAAAACUACCAGAAAAUGCGACGUUCUUCCACUGCUUCCCGUUGCAUUCAUGAUCAUCAUUGUGGAUCCCAAGCCUCCAACGUAAAACAGAGCAGGACCAACCUCAGUUCCAUGGAACUUCCUUUCCGUAAUGAUUUUGCACAACCUCAGCCAAUGAAGACAUUCAAUAGCACCUUCAAAAAAAGUAGUUAUACUUUCAAACAGUCACAUGAGUGUUCUGAACAGGCCAUAGAAGACAGAGUGAUGGAGGAGAUUCCCUGCGAAAUUUAUGUGAGAGGACGAGAGGAUUCUGCACAAGGGUCAAUGUCCAUUGACUUUUAAUCAUCUAGAGAUAAAGUUGAUACACUAGUAUGUAUAUAUGCAGCAUACACAGCACACCCACUGCACAUAUGUAUGUUUUCAAGCUUUUCUGCAGUCAAUACCUUUUUCCCUCUUAAAUUAGAAACAUCUUUAUUUGUCAUUAAUUAUUAUAAUGUUGAAGAUUUUAUUCCCUUGUGCUCCCUAACCAAUGUCAAAUCAGUUGGUGAACUUAGGAAGUUCAGUGGGGGUGGAGGAAACAGUCAUCUGUUGCUUAGUGUUAUGUAAACAAAUAAUCAGUUAACUGAAUUCACUUUUUAACUGGUUGUUCUGAAGUCAUGUAAACAUAGGCUUAUAAACUACCUGUUAAGUUUUACUAACAUAACUGAAGGUGUGCAUGGGAACAAUGACACUGACUUUUAAAAUCUACAGAUUUGCCAACAAGUUUUGAUCACUGAAUAUGUUUAAAAAUAAGAUUUCCACCAUAUUUUCACAAUCCUUCUCUUUUUCUUUCCACUAAGUAUUUUGAAGUCAAUGGUUUUAACAUUUCAGUUACAUAAAAGUGAUUAUUUCACUGCAUAUAUUUUGAUAUGGACAUUUGUUAUUGAAUUUGUCAAAUUAAAGCUAGAGUUACUGUGGUUCAGUGCCAGUUAUGACCCAGAGUUAUGUUGCAUCCAUCUGUUUCUUCUGAACUAAUUUCUAUACUGCUGCCUUUUAAUUACUGGUUCCCUUAGCCUGUGUUUUCUGUGAGAAGUAGGUGAAAUGGUUUAUUGCUUUUUAAGAGUAUUUCAUCUUAGUUACAUUAUUAUAAUAGAAGAUUUUAGAAACAGGAGAUAUAUGAGCCUUUGCAAAUUGUGUACAGAAACUCUGAUAUGAAACAGGUCUUUAAAAUUCCCAACACUGAGUCACAUUCAACGUUUGGCCACCAGUGGAUGACCCAUUAAUUCUGGUGAAGGGAAAAUUAUUUAAUUGAUUGUUGUAAUAUUUAUAGUCAUAUAAAUGUUUUUAAUUCUCCAAGUAUGUGCUCUUUGGUUUUUUUUAAAAUAUCUUUGCUUUCUUACAUUGUGAUUUCUCUUGUAGUAUAUAAUAAAUCCAGGGCUUCUCACUUGAGAUAGUCACAUUUUUCUAGAGCCGAUGAAGAAUUACAACCUUCAAUUUUCUUUUUAACUUCAGUUUUGGCAUUUUGUUGUUUUUUUAUGGUAUAUAAAAUAAUUUGUAAACAUGAUAAAAAAAACUUUCAUUGUGUUUUUUUAGACUUUUGAUAUAAUUUGAUACUGUACAAACUUUAUUAAAUCAAGAUUAAAGACUUCCGUGGCCAUUUUAUUUGAGUGCUCACAUUAGCAGCUUGUACAUAUAACAUUCUGUGUCUGAGUUAUUUAUUAUAAUUUAUUAUAAAGAAUGUGGGAAUCUGUAUGUUAGUGUUUAGUUCCUUUUGUUGUUGCUUAGUUUAUGAUAAAACCUCUUGUAACAUUUAUUGUUCGAAAUCAUUAUAUAUAUUUUGUAUUAAAAAUACAUCAUCCCCUAAUUAUGUGAUUUUGGCAUUGAUUAGGUUUUAGAGCUUGAGUUGAGGUAAUAUGGGAAAUAAUUGCCUGCCAUAAUUUCAUAGCAUCAUAACUACCAUAGUCAUGUCCUUUAAAAAUAAGAAAAUUUUCACUCUAUAUUAUUGAUUUUUUAAAAAAAAUUUUUGAUAAAGUGAAAAAGUAAAAAUCCCAGAAAACUUCAAAGUGCAUUCCAGUCAUGUUCAGUCUAUUGAAUGUUAUAUAGACAUUUUCCCAGAGACUACAUUUUUUAAGCUAAAUUAUUAAGAACUGUACAAAUGUUCAAGAUGCCAAAAAGAUGUUCAUUAUCUACCCCAUUUCUCUUAACAAUAAAGUUGCAUUUUUCCUAA